CAUGACUCGCCAAAUUCAUACAAUUUUCUGUCUCGAUUGGGAACUGCAUUGAAAUUAGACGUUCCAAUUAGCUUUUUGCAUUUAAGAAGCGAUUGUAUUACGGGUUGGUCGAAAUAAAUUAAUUCUGGUUGAAAAAAAAUUUCAAAGUACAAAAUGAUUAAUACGGGAAAAUUAGCAGGACGCACCCUUUUUAUUACCGGUGCGUCGAGAGGCAUUGGUAAGGCCAUUGCUCUAAAAGCAGCUCGUGAUGGUGCAAAUAUUGUUGUCGCAGCUAAAACCAGCACUCCACAUCCUAAAUUACCUGGAACAAUUUAUACUGCGGCUGAAGAGAUUAUAAAGGCCGGUGGUCAGGCGCAUCCCUGUGUAGUAGAUGUGCGUGAUGAACAACAAGUGCGUUCAGCUAUUCAGGAGGCUGUUGCGAAAUUCGGUGGUAUUGACAUAUUGGUAAAUAAUGCGUCUGCAAUAUCAUUAAGCGGCACAUUGGAUACCGACAUGAAACGUUACGAUCUCAUGCAACAAAUCAAUACGCGUGGCACAUUCCUCGUAUCGAAGGAGUGUUUGCCAUAUAUAUUGAAAAGUAAUCAUGCACAUAUUUUGAACCUUUCCCCACCGCUAAAUUUGAAUCCUGUUUGGUUUGCUCCACAUGUUGCCUAUACAAUGGCUAAGUAUGGUAUGUCAAUGUGUGUGCUAGGUAUGGCUGAGGAAUUCCGUUCUGCCAAAGUCGCUGUGAAUGCUUUGUGGCCGCGUACUGCCAUUCACACUGCUGCUAUUGAAAUGCUGACCGGACCAGAUAGCUCGAAUAUUUCACGUAAAGUAGAUAUAAUGGCUGAUGCUGCGUAUGCAGUUUUAAUUCGCGAGCCGACUCAGUGUACGGGUCGGUUCCUAAUCGACGAUGAAGUAUUAACGGAAGCUGGUGUGACUGAUUUGAAGCAGUAUGCUUGUAACCCAGAAAAUGUAGACAAACUAAUGCCCGAUUUCUUUUUGGAUAUCUCGGAGAGUGAAAUUAAAGCCAUCAAAGAAGAUAUUAAGCAACAAAAACCAACAGGUGCGUCCUCCAGCCAAAUACCGGCAUUAUUUGGAAAAAUCGAAACAUUACUGUCGCCGGAACUAAUACAAAAAACACAGGCUAUUUACCAAUUCAACAUUGAAGGUGAUGAGAAAGGGACUUGGCAUUUAGAUUUGAAAAAUGUACCAGGUUCAUGUGGCAUUGGUGAACCUAAGGUUGCACCCGACGCAACUCUGACAAUGAAGGCUAACAAUUUCCAUGAUAUGUUUUCAGGGAAAUUGAAAGCUGCAACUGCAUUUAUGACUGGUAAACUAAAAAUCUCUGGUGAUUUAAAUAAGGCAAUGAAGCUUGAAAAGCUUAUGCGUUCAUUGAAGUCCAAAUUAUAGAUGAUAAAACUAAAUUUAA